AGCAGGAGAGCAGGAAGGGAGGGAUGAGGGUGAAAGGAAGAGGUGUCACACUGACUGCCUUGUACAGACAUUCUCCGUAAUGUGGUGGUGAGGGACAGGGGCGUGUGUGUGUGUGCUGCUGGCCUGUGGAUCAUGUGACCCUUCUGCAGCUGGGGCUGAUGUGUGUGUGUGUGUGUUCCAGGGUCGGACAACUGCAGACUACGACGAGCCGCUGAGGAUAGAGGAAGACACACACUGGACCUCAGAACACACAGGGUCAAAGGUCAAGGGGGGUACUAAACUCCACAUUGACAUGAUCAACCAGUUGAAGGAGGCUGUCGAGCUACUACAAGACCCCAGCAGAGUGAAUAUGGAGUCAGAGGAUUUGGAAUUGUCUGGAGUGCAGCUCUAUCCUGUGGAGAUGGUCCUGGUGGAAGAAUCCCUCAAUGGCCAGGACAGUGAUGAAGGAUCUACCACACCCAAGGCAGAGGACCGAGCUCCAGCCAGCAGCCACGCCUUCCCCAGCCCUCCCUUCGGACUGAAGCCCCGCUCAGCCCCACCCUCGCUACCUUGCUCGCCCCCGCCCUGUCUCCGCCCACUCCUCACACAGAGCCUGUCCGUCGAUAGCGACACGCCCCCUAGGCCAGAUGAUGGAGGCAUGCUCAGCCGUGUGUUCCUGAGGACCCAUAAGAGCCUUGAGUCGGUGGACCCUCAGUUCACCAUGAGGAGGAAGAUGGAGCAGCUGAGAGAGGAGCUGGAGCUCAUGGAGCAGCUACGUGAUAGCAUAGAGAGCCGUCUGAAGGUGUCUCUUCCUGAAGACUUAGGCUCCUCCCUAAUGGACGGAGUCGUCCUCUGCCAUCUGGCCAAUCACAUCCGCCCUCGCUCCGUGGCCAGCAUCCACGUGCCCUCGCCAGCCGUGCCCAAACUCAGCAUGGCCAAGUGUCGGAGGAACGUGGAAAACUUCCUGGACGCCUGCAGAAAGAUGGGGGUGCCCCAGGAUAAGUUGUGUCUCCCUCACCAUAUCCUGGAGGAGAAAGGCAUGGUGAAAUUGAGCAUGACUGUCCAAGCCCUGGUGGACGAGACUUCAACCAAGCAGGCCCUCUUCACCUGAACAGGAAGCUUGGAGCUCCCAUCAAUCCAACCACACACAGCACACAGACGCACGCCAACACAGUUAGGUCUUAACUUAGGAUGAAUGAACACGGUUGCUAUCUUACCUUCUAAGAUGGCGGAGGAAGGGAUUGUGUUUCUCAGGCUUUUUCUUUAACAGAAGGUUCCUGUUGAACAUUUGGGGCCAAACCAAGCAGUGUGUUCAGCAAAUGAUUCAGUGGGAAGUCUUACUCCCUCAGAUGUGUGAAUCUGUUUUGGAGGAGCGCUUAGUCUCCCUGAACUCAGUAACCUGUUUACUAGCAUACUGCAGGGUCGAUAUCUCGCCUAUGCGUGUGGUUUCUUUUCAAUCCUAUAUUUAUGGUUCCACCCAAAUCACUCACCGUAUUCACAAAAUGUCUAAUUAUAAUACAUCUUAAGUAUAAUAUUUGGUCAUUCAUUCCUGAGCUACAACUUCAAUAUUUAAAUGUAUUCAUAAUACAUAAACAGUGGUUACAUUGCAGAAAAUCCCCACGCUUUUCUCCACAAUACCCUUUUUGUUUUGUUUACUGAGGUGAUACAGAGUUCUUUACGACUGUGAGUGCCACUCCUGAGAGGCUGAGUCACAAAAAGUCACCACACACUUCAUUCUUUUGUCUCAGUGGUAUCAUUAUCUGCAGUGUGUGUGUGUGUGUGUGUGUGUGUGUGUGUGUGUGUGUCAGAGAUAGGAGAGAUACAACAAGCUGAACAAAAAAGGGAGACGGUGAGGGUUUUGACAUCCCUGUAGUUGACCUGUCAUGAGGUGAUGAUAGCUGACCUUGUCAGGUGAUGUAGUCUUGAAGUGACUAGCUUGUGUAACAGUCGCCAAGGUGCAUUCACCCAAGAACUACUUUAUGAGUGCACAAUAUUAUCUAACUACAGAUCCCUCUGUUUGCUAGUUGUAAACAAGAGAACGUUUCGGACUACCAGAACAUGGUGUGUAUGUACAUAUAUGCAUUUAUUAACAUAGCUUGGUAUCCAAAGCUUAAGCUAAUUAAAAGUUUAACAGUAACAUUUUAUGAGAUCAGUCACUGGAUAGAUUUGCCAGUUGCCAAAACAACUAAACGUUUUAUUUCAAUGUGCAAGACAAUAUAGUUUUUUUAUGUAGGCUUUGUAAAUAUUAUUUGUAUACAACAAUGGUAUAAAUACUUUAGAUACUAUCUGGUAAAAUAUAUUUCUAUGAAAAGUGGUGAUGUGCAGUCGUAACGUGACGUUGGUUUGUGCAAGUUACGUAUUUAGAAAGUAUUUGUCUAUUUUUUAAACUUAUAUUUAUCAGUACUGUAUUUUGACAGUAACCACAUUUAUCACCUGUACGUUGAAUAUUGAAUCCUCAGGCAGUUAACACUAUUACAAUUCCCCAAGAACAAUCUAAUAGUUUGUAUGAAUGUACAUUGUUUAGUUAUAGUUGUAAGGAUUGCGUACUUUCAUACAUUUAGUUGGACAUUUGAUCAUUUAAAACACUACAGAUCAGAUUAAUGAUAAUUGUAACUCAGAAACCUGUAUGUCCAUUUUAUUAAACAUGGAACCAGAAAGGACUUGACCAUCUCUUGUCUUGAACAUGUCCUUGUAGAAAGAAGGGGUGGAGAUUGAAGGGAAAUUUGAUACGGAUAUUUCUUAUUUAGAUGAAAGACAGUUUUUUUUUUUUUUUUUACUGUGGAUCAAUGGAGAGUUUAAAGUUUGGUUGCAAUCCUGCUAAUUUAAACAUGUGCUUGUUGACAUCAUAAAAGCCCAGGCAUCUUUAUACCCAGAGUUCUGGGUUGUCCAGUCAGACUGAGAAGAUGAUUCCCCUGAGAGGAGAGGCCUUUGUCCUGAAAUUAUCUGCACUUUAAAAGAACUAUAAGUAUUUAUACUCACUUGUUUUGGCAACUGACAAAUCUAGGUUUUAUAUUUGGUCAGAUGUGAAUAGCAUAAUUUGAAAUCAAACUGUUGACUGAUGAAUAUUAAGCAGCAUUUUUCUACUUUACACUGUAUAUAGUCCUAAAUCUUGUAUUAACUUUUUUGUACUUUUAUGAUUGGAAACUUUAUUUUUAAGUGACGUAUGUUCUGUUGAUGUAUCAUAUAUCAAAUACCUUUUUGUACCUCUGUCAUCAUUUGUACAGCAACACAAAUGUACAUGCAUGAGACACUCCUUUCAAUGUCGCCUUAACUGCUGUGAAUACUGUACAUACUCCACAUUACCUUCAGUAAAGACU